UUUCUUUCUCCUGUUUUCGAAUUUGUGUAUAGAACAAUGGGAGAAGCGAGGGACAACGACGCCUACGAGGAAGAGCUUCUUGACUACGAAGAAGAAGAAGAGAAGGCCCCCGAUUCUGUCGCGGCCAAAGGCGCUGGAGAAUCUGCGAAGAAGGGCUAUGUCGGAAUUCACAGUUCGGGAUUCAGAGACUUCCUUUUAAAGCCAGAGCUGCUCCGAGCUAUCGUUGAUUCAGGAUUUGAGCAUCCUUCUGAAGUGCAACAUGAGUGCAUCCCUCAAGCUAUCUUGGGGAUGGAUGUUAUCUGCCAAGCAAAGUCCGGAAUGGGGAAAACUGCUGUAUUUGUUCUCUCAACCCUGCAGCAAAUUGAGCCUGUUGCAGGGCAAGUUGCUGCACUUGUCUUAUGCCAUACAAGGGAGCUCGCUUACCAGAUCUGUCACGAGUUUGAGAGGUUCAGCACCUACUUACCCGAUAUUAAAGUUGCCGUAUUCUAUGGUGGUGUGAACAUCAAAAUUCACAAGGACUUGCUUAAGAAUGAGUGCCCACAUAUCGUUGUUGGGACCCCUGGGAGGAUACUGGCAUUAGCAAGAGAAAAAGACCUUGCAUUGAAGAAUGUUAGGCAUUUUAUCCUUGACGAAUGUGACAAAAUGCUCGAGUCGCUUGACAUGCGGAGAGAUGUGCAGGAGAUAUUUAAAAUGACUCCUCAUGAUAAGCAAGUCAUGAUGUUUUCAGCGACACUAAGCAAGGAGAUUCGUCCUGUCUGCAAGAAAUUUAUGCAAGAUCCAAUGGAAAUAUAUGUGGAUGAUGAGGCCAAGCUGACCCUCCAUGGUCUAGUACAGCACUACAUCAAAUUGAGCGAGUUGGAAAAAAACCGCAAGCUGAAUGAUCUCCUAGAUGCUUUGGAUUUCAAUCAGGUUGUCAUCUUUGUCAAAAGUGUAAGCAGGGCAGCUGAGCUGAACAAGUUGCUCGUGGAAUGUAACUUCCCAUCUAUCUGCAUCCACUCUGGAAUGUCACAGGAGGAAAGGUUGACGCGUUACAAGGGCUUCAAGGAGGGCCACAAAAGGAUUCUUGUUGCAACGGAUUUGGUUGGCAGGGGAAUAGACAUUGAGCGUGUCAACAUUGUCAUCAACUACGACAUGCCAGAUUCUGCUGACACCUACUUGCACAGGGUUGGCAGGGCUGGUCGGUUUGGUACCAAGGGACUUGCAAUCACAUUUGUUUCGUCUGCUUCAGAUUCUGAUGUUCUUAAUCAGGUGCAAGAAAGGUUUGAGGUGGACAUAAAGGAGCUUCCGGAGCAAAUUGACACCUCUACAUACAUGCCAUCAUAAUGCCUCGUUUCCCCCUAGCAGUCGGAGGUUCAAUGUAUUUAACCACGGUGUGGAAGAACUUAAAAGUCUAUGCAAGUGCUUUAUCUGGUUUUUAGUUGGGAAGAAUGGUGGUACGGCAAACCUUUCGUGGAAGUUGGGAGAUGGAAUGCCAUCGGACCAUCUGCUUAAAGGAGGGGAGGUGGGAGAAAACAUUUUUAUAAUCUCCGUUACCCGUGUUAGCUGAACAUCUUGAAGUUUUUUCAGUUGCGAGCAGAGAUGAGCUGGUAGAUGUUGUUAACAUGAUUAAUACUUAGAACUCCCCUUUCAGAUCUCCCAUUAGAUAUUUUUUUUUUUUCACUCGUUAAAUUCAUGUUACUCUUUCCUGCUUAAA